UAACAAUUUGACAAUUUUAAAAUGAAUAAUAGAAAUAAUAUCAAAAGCGUGCGCCAAGCGCGCUCUUGUGUCGUCUAGUGAUUUAAAAAAGACAUCAAUACUAUAUUUAAGUUCUCUAUUUGUGUUUUGCUUACAGUGUGCUUUACAGAUUCAAAAUUAAUAUUUCUUUUCUGACAUGAUGAUAUUUCUAAAGCUAUUAUUAAGUAGCGGGUUAAUGUUCAUCGCUGAAACAGCUUUUAUUCAUAAUGAAUCAUCCUUAUGCUAUGAUCCAUCAAAAUAUAUAAAACCAAACCAUUACGAUAUCAAGUUUAUAUCAUGUAUUGAAGAAAACAUUUUCUAUGGAGAAUACAAUAUCAGCAUAAGCAUUCUUAACAAAACACAAAAUAUAUUGUUCAACAACGUAUAUUUAAAAAAUAUAUAUUUUAACAAUAUAGUUUUAAUUGAAAAUUUAGAAAAAUAUCAUGAGAAUGCUAAAUAUACAGUUUAUAAACCGACAUAUGAUAUUGAAGAAGACAUAAUUGAUGUUUCUUUUAAAGAUGAAUUAUUACCAGGAAAUUACAUUUUAAAUAUUGAAUAUAAUGGUUAUACUGAUAAAGUCUUUAGAAUUUUCGACAUGAAAGAAAAAAUGGCUUUGGUAGCUGCUACUCAUUUCCAUAUAAUAGGCGAUCGACAAUUGUCUUCAUGUUGGAGUCAACAAAAUUUAUUGUUAGAAGCAACUUUUAACAUAUCUAUAGGAUGUAAUCAAUGCACGGCUUUGUCAAAUAUGCCAUUGCGAAAUACGGAAGAAAAUAAGUACAAUAUGUUAUGGACACACUUUGAUACCACACCUGCAAUGUCGCCGUAUCUUGCAACAAUAAUUGUGUCCAAUUACUUAUCACGUGUUGAUAAUAAUACUAAACAUAUUCAAAUGUGGUGCAGAAACGAAACUGUAUUUCACAUGGAAUUUGCAAAAAAUGUAGCUGAAAAUAUCACGUUGUUCUAUAAAAAUAAAUGGAAACAACAUUCGAACAAUAUUUCGAAUGUGACUCAUGUUGCAAUACCAAAUUUCCCUGAUAAUGACAUAACAGUUUUGGGACUUGUUUUUUAUAACGAAAUGGAUAUCGUUUACGAUAAAAAUUUAUAUCCUGUUGCUCACAAAAUCGAAGUAGCUCAAUUAGUAGGACAUAAAGUGACGCAGCAAUGGUUUUAUAAUCUGAACAAUCCAUUUAAAUUGGCUUGGUUUAAUAAAGCUCUUACUACAUUGCUUGCAACGUAUGCUGUCAAUGAGAUUUAUCCUGAUAAUCAAAUAAUAAAUUUAUUUGUUGUUCAAAAUCAACAUACUUCUUUUUAUUUGGAUGAUUAUGAUAUGUGGAAUUCUACUUCACAAGAUGACAGUUUAUUGAAAAUUCGCGAAUCCAUCAGAGCACCCUUUAUACUGCGCAUGAUGCAAUACGCCGUCACCGAAGUAAUAUUUUGGAAUAGCAUUCGAUCAUAUGUAAACAGGACCCAGUUUGAUCGUCAAAAUUUUAUGACUUUCUUCAAAGAAGUUGUUGCUGAUGCAAAAAAGCAAAAUAUAUCAUAUAUUAGUAAUAUAACAUUAGAAACAAUGAAAUAUUGGACUUUGGAAGAGCAUUGUCCUCUCAUCAAAGUAAUACGAAGUUAUAAUGAGUCUUGGAGCAAAAUGCAUAUAUCGAUACAAAAUUCCGACAUAUUAAGAAUUUAUUGCAUGCCUGUAACUUUUACUACUCAGACGUAUCCCAAUUUUACAAGUUUUACUCACUAUCCGUUAUGCAAAGCAAUAGAUUUAAAUUAUACAUACUCACAUAAAGAAGAAGGUUGGAUAAUAUUCAAUUUACAACAAAUUGGAUAUUAUCGCGUUAACUAUGAUGAUGAGAAUUGGCAAAGAAUUUCAAAUUAUCUAAACUCUGAUAAUUUUACGAAAAUUCAUGUUCUUAAUCGUGCCCAAAUUAUCGAUGAUGCAUUUCAUUUAGUGAUAGCAGGCCAACUCAACGCCAAUAUAUUCUGGAAUAUCACAUCGUAUUUGGAUAAAGAAGAAGAUUAUAUAGCAUGGUAUCCUAUGUUUAAAGCUCUGGAAUACAUGUUUAAUACUUUUCCUGCUGCUAUGCUGGAAGAAAGCAAUUGGACUUAUAUGAAAAGAAUAGGAGUCAUGUUAAAUAAGAUACUUAUAAAAAUCAAAUAUGAAGAAAUUGAUGAUUCAGACGAACUUAUAACAUGUUUACGACAAGAAGCUGCAAGAUGGGCAUGUUUUUUCGGUGACAUUAAUUGUACGGAAAAAGCGAAAAAUAAAUUAGAACAAUAUCUCGAAGAUCCUAUAAAACACGGACUUUUGCCAUGGUGGAGGGAAUGGACAUAUUGUAGAGGUUUAAUGAAAACUAUGAUAAAUGACGUUACUACUAGGACAUCAGUGUAUACCAUAGGAUUCGAAACAAAUGACAAAAUGUUAAUAUAAUUGCAGCAUUAAUUAUUAUGAUUAAUAAUGUAUAUUCCGAAAAUCUAGUUGAGUCAAUAGAAAGACACUCUGAAAGUAUUGUAGAAGCUAACAUAAUUGAAGUGAAUACAGAAAAUCAAUUUAGAAGACAUCGAAUAAAGGAGAUGAGUUACCGUGUGAUAGAUAAAGAUGACUUAUAUUCUUAUAUUAUAAUCAAGAUUGAAAUUAUUCGCAAAAAACAAAUCGAAAAGCAGAGACAAUAAUUUGCAAGAUUUUUCUUCUAAUCGGUGGAUGUAAAAAAUUUGCAGUUUUGCUUACAUGGAAGUACUUUAUAUGAAUAAUUGUUUUAUAUUGCA